AUGGCGGGCUGCGCCGCCCUGGACGACGCGGGCGCGGCCGCGGCCGCGGCGGCGCUGGGCGCGCGGCUGCGGCGUCUGGACCUGUCGGGGUGCGAGCGCGUGGGGGAGGGCGGCGCGGCGGCGCUGCUGGCGGCCGCGGCGGGGCUGCGCAGCCUGUCGCUGGCCGGCAACAGGAACGUCGGCGCCAGGACGCUUGCUGCUGCCGCGCGCCUGCGCCACCUGCGGCGCCUGGACGCGGCGCUCUGCUGCGGCGUCGACGACGCCGCGCUGGCCCGGCUGGCGGCCUGCCCCUCGCUGGCGGACGUGAACGUGCGCGCCUGCUGGCGCCUGUCGGAGCAAGGCAUCCACGCGCUGCUGACGCGCAGCACGUCCAUCGUGUCGCUCAACGUGGAGGGCUGCCACCGCCUCUUCGGCUGCCAGGGCGCCGUGCCAACCGGCUUCGACCCACAGCAGGACCCGCGGCGCCCGGGCGUGCUAUCCCGGCGGCCGCCAGGAGCGGAGCCCGUCGGCGCUGGAGCCGGCACGGAGCGCCCAGCGGCCGCGGCGGGGCAGAUGCCCAUAGUUGUGAUUGCUUGA